UCUCAUCUUCAAAUAUCUUUGCAAUCGUACCAAAAACCAAAACACCAAAAAUGGCGUUGCUCAUUACUCUGUCUGUUGCCGGAGGUGGUGCUGGAUUCCGGUUCUCCGACGACCUCCAAAAGCUGGGUUGUCUUCAACCCAGGUUCUGUCAAAGUCCCACCACGAUUUUUCCUCAUAAGUGCUUUUGGCAAGCGCCUAGAAGCAAGAACUUAAAUUUGAAGUCCAGGGAAUUGCCCAGAUUGCGUUUGGCUCGCGCCAAGGAAGCUGAAGAUAGUUUCACUCCGAAUGUAAGCGAAGAUACAGACGAUAUGUUUGAUGACUUGUUUGAUAAAUAUGGAAAGGUGGUAUAUAGUAGCAAUGACAGGAAGUCACCUAGCACAGAGCUUGAUGAUGAUGCUGAAAGCUUAUCAUUUGCUGUUGCAAUGGCCAACGUUGCAAAUGACGUAAAAGCAGGAGAUAUAAAGGUCCUAUUUGUGAAGCCUCUUGUGUAUUGGACUCGGUUUUUCAUAAUUGCCACAGCAUUUUCUCGUCCGCAAAGUGAUGCAAUUGCGUCCCGGAUAAGAGAUCUGGCAGAGGAGAAGUAUGGAAGAGUUUCAUCUGGGGACUCAAAACCCAACUCAUGGACCCUGUUGGACUUUGGUGAUGUUGUUAUUCAUAUAUUUCUUCCACCACAGCGAGCUUUCUACAACUUGGAAGAAUUCUAUGCUAAUGCUACACCCGUUAAAUUGCCUUUUGAAAACCAGUCACCAUUUCGAGGCUGAGAAAAGCCUUGAAGUUACGCGGAAAAUUCAAACUGAGUGCUGUGGAUGCUGUGGAUGGCUACUGCAGAUCUGUAAACCUCUACCAGUUUUGGGCCCUUGAACUAGUCUCACUUGCAGAGUGACAGAAGGUUACCGAACAGGGUUUCUGGGCAAUACCAGUUAUAAAAUGCAAAGGGCACGUUGUAAUGUGUAAACACUAAUGCAACUUUAAGGAGCGCUUCUGUUUUCUCGGGGCAUCCAAACGACCUGAGGCUUGUAUCUACCGGCCAUGCGCGGUUAUGUUUAGAAUCAUGAAAAUCUAUCAGGCGUCUGUAUUAUUAACUGUGAAACAUAAGUUGCACUGUAUAAAACAGAGUACAAGAUUGGUUAAAGGAACAUCUGCCAACAAGAUCAGGUGCUCUCUCUUUAUUAAUCUACAACUCGCACUGGAAAGCUUUCGAAAUUCGAA